AUGGGGCUAGAUGCGUUGAAUAAGGGAGUGGGUACUUUGCAAGAGGUGCCGCAGGAGGGGGUGGAAAGCGAAGCUGAUGCUGGAAGAGGAGGAGUAGGAGACGGAGAACAUUCAGGAGUUGAGGUUCAGUUGGGGGCUGGUAACGGAAAAGAGACUGCUGUUGUGAGAGGAGCGGGCGGGGCGAGAGCGGAAGUUCUACACGUGCUGCUGUCGUUCCUGUCCCUUGUCCUGUUCUUCUGUGAUUGCGGUGCGACUGGCCCGGCUCCCCCGUCUAGCGCCCCUCCUGGCGCCCACACGAGUGGUUCCCUGGCAGGACCUGCUAGACGCUCUGGUGCUCCUCCUGCUGGUGCUGGUGGUGCUGGUAGUGCUGCUGCUUCGGAUGCCACGGGCUUGCCGAACCAGGGGGCUUUUAGUCAGUCGGCGACAGGUUCGGGGUCUUCUCCAGCUGCGGUUUGGGAGCGGUUCCGGCGCAGGAGGUCCGGAACAGGCUUGGCGCGGCAGGGGGAGGUGUCAAGGGGAGCGGGAAGAGGGGAAGCCAGUGGGGGGAGCGGGGCAGGCGGGGAUGAAAGCGUUUUCAAGGGCUGCUUUGCACUGAAGCCCCGCCCUGUGGGGUCAAUGAAACAGGCAGCAGCAGCAGGAGGGGUACCGGGAGGAGAAGGCGGAGUGGCUUUGCCGGGAGGCACGUUUGGAUGGCCUGGUGGGUACAGGAACGGAGGGAAGGAGCGAGGUGGAGGAGGAGUAGGAGGAGGAAAGGGAGGGGGUUCUGAGGUUGAAACGGAUUGGUUGGUGGGAGUGGAGGCGUUUUUGAGCCAAUCAGAGAAGCUUUGCUGGGAAGGGUUGUUGGGGAAGGAGAAACGGAAUGGAGGGGGAGUACUGAGGUUGCAGGAGGGCUUGUGGAGCGAAGAGGUUGUGAGAGGGCUCAGGGGGGCUCUGUCAGGGAAGGCAUGGGGGGGAGAAGGUGAGGAGGGGGAGAAAGAGGACGUGAGUGGGGUUGAGCGAGGUGAGAAGGAUGGUAAAAACGAUUCUGAGAAGAAGGAUGGUGAGAAGGAGAAGCGUCAGGAGGAGGAAACGAUGACCGUCAGUGGAGAGGGCAUGCACGGGGAUGUUGCAGCAGCAACAGGAGAAGCAACUGUAGCAGCGACUCGAGUGCUGGUUCUCGGGGAGCUAAGUCGGCAGCAGGUGGUGGAUACCAUCUGCCAGCUGGCGCGCAGGCAUUGGCUGAGACGCAAGGCACUGGCGAGAGAGAGGGUUGUUCGGGCGAGGAAGGAAAAGGAUGGAGUGAGGUUGGGGGAGGGAGGGGGUGGGGAGGGGGAGGAAGGACUUGGUGAGGAGGGGGCAGAAGAGGUGGUGGUGGAUGAAAUGGGGGAGAUGGAAGGGGAAAAGGCCGAGGUGAAAGGGGAAGCGGAGGUGGUGGAGGGAGGGGAAAAGAUGGAGGUUAAAGUGGAAGGUGAAGGGUUGGAGGUGGUCGAGAGUGUGGUGAAGGAGAAGGGAGGAGGUCAGGCAAAGGAGAAAGAAGAAGGUGAGGUGCGGGAGGGGGACGAAGGAGAAGCAAAGAGGGAGGUGGAGGAAGGGCACGAUGGGGCGAGUGAGGGAGUCAAGGGAGGGAAGGAGAAGUCAGGGCGUGCAAGUGAGGAGCCGUCUGAGAGCAAAGAAUCAGGGGCAGAAGGCUCGACUCUGCAAGGCGAAGGCAGUGGGACGGAGGAGGAGGAGGCUGGGUCCAAGGUGGGAGGUGAGGCAGUAGUUGAAGCAAGCUCAGAAGGGAGCGGAGCAGGUGAGGGCAGGCAGGGGGCUGCUGCGUCAGAGGUGGUUGUAGCGGCACCUGAGGCUCCUCCUGCGCUGCCAGAAGCGCUGCUGUCAGUAGAGCAAGCAGACUUAGGCAGACCUCUGCGCCUGUACCCGGCUGGUUCCUUCCCCCUCCUCCCACCUGCUUCGGCUCCUGUAGCAGGCGAAACAGGAGCAGCAGGUGAAACAGGAACAGCAGGUGCAGCGGAUGUAGAAGGUUCAAGAGAUGCAGCAGACGUAGCAGAUGCUGCAGGGGUUGGGAUUGGCAAAGCAGCAGCUGGGCCGCCGUCGCUCUUGACGAUCAGUCUCGGGGGGAAGGUGGCAAUUGGGGCAGGGUCAACUGUGAGGCUGUGGGAGGCGGAUGACAUAGUCCCUCGCACUGCUGCCAGUACAGGAGCGGAUAAUGAUCACGCUGCUGCUGCUGCUGCCGCCGCCGCCACCACCACCGCCGCCGCCGCUGCUACUGACCUGGCACCUAUACCUUCGGUGGAGGUGGCAGCAGCGCCGAUGGAGAUAGGGGAGGUGGACGUGGGGUACCCCGUGCACAUGCUGGCCGUCCAUCCCACUGUGGACUCGCUGCUAGCUGUCGCAGGGACCAACCAGGUGGAGGUAAGUCACUUCAUGUUCGAUGUGUUAGUGCUGGACGAUGACUGCACGCUCGUCACUCGCUCCGCGGUGAACCUGCGUGCUGGCCUUCGCACUGCAAGGAAACACCGCCGGCCACACAGGCAGCAGCAGGAGCAGGCGGAGGAGCAGGAAGAGCAACAGCAGGAGGAGAAUGGGGAGGCAGAGGAGGAGGAGGAGGAGAAGGGUGAUGGUGAAGCAGAAGGGGAUGGGCCUGGCAAAGUAGUUGUUCCAGAAACAGAUGUGGUUAUAAAGAGGAUGUGCUGGUUGCCCCUUGCAGGAGGCCCGUUUCUGGAGGCUCGACUGCUCGUGGCGACCCCUUCAGCGGCGCUCCUGUUUGCAGUGGCUGUGGGGUAUGAUGCUCAGCUGGUUGCCACUUUCCAGCUCCCUGCGGGCCAACCUUCAGGAGGAGGAGGAGCUUCAUAUGCGCAGCAGGAAAAGGAGGGGGAUAGGGAAGAGGGAGAGGAGGAGGGGGAGGGGGUGGGAGUAGGGAAGGUGGGAGAGGAGGAGAUUGUGGAUGUGUGUGUGGUGCAGAGGGAGGAGGAGGACGAAGAUGACGAGAGGGAGGGGCACGAGGAUGGGGAUGAGGAUGAUGGGCAUGGGCAUAGGAAUGAUGAGGAAGGUCCCCAGAUGCAACUGACAGUUCUCACCAGCCAGGCUGCACUGUACUAUGCAACCAUAGACGAUGGCGAAUCAGCUAAUGAGGAGGAUGAAGACGACAAUCAAGAGGAGGAGGAUGAGGACGAGGAUGAUUAUGAUGAUGCAGAGAAUGGAUUCGAUCUGUUCCUGUUCAUGCCAUGUCAGCACGUCACGUUGCGCCACCUGUCACUCCGGCCAUCAGGCUCGGGCCUACCCUGGCACCAUCAGGCUCGGGCCGGUCUUUCCGCUCCUGCGUCUUUGGAAGAAGCUGGGGAAACAGAGGGAGGAGGUGGAGGAGGAGAAGGAGGAAGCGGUGUAGCUUUGGGUGAGGUCGGAGGGGUUGUGGGAACGAGGGGAGGUGGGUUCUUGUGUCCAGUGGCAACGCACGAAGGAUUUCUGGUCUCUCCUGAUGGCCAUCAGCUCUUUUUUGCUCGCCUCACACUCUCCGGUCAGGCAAUAUCUCUGCUGCAGGAGAUCACCAUCAACAACCAGGGACCACUCGCACCAUCUGCAGCGGCUGGGCAUCAGGGUCAGGUUGGUGGUGGUAACCACCCUGGUUGCAUUGUGGGCGUGGCAGCAUGUCGAGCUAGUAAGGAGAGGGAGGGUAGUGAGACAGAAGAAGAGGAGGAGGAAGAGGAGGAGGAGGAGUACGAGGAGGAAGAGGAGGAUAUGCAAGAGGAGGAGCAGAGGGAGGGUGAAAGCGAGAGUGGGAGGGUUCAGGCUCAGGAGAUUGGUCAGGUGGAUGGGGAUAACCGAGUGGUGCUGCUGUAUCAGGAUGUGCGGUUUGCAGUGCAAGGGGUGAGAGGCAGCAGGAGUGGCGGUGGUGGGGGGAGUGGUGGCGGGGGCAGCAGGAGCGGGAGCGGGAGCAGUGGUGGCAGUGGUGCUGGUGGUGGUGGGAGGAGUGCAGGUGCUGGUUCAGGUUCUGCUGCUGACGUGGCAGGGAUGAGUGACAUGGACAGUGAAACCGUGCUGCAUAAUCUCAUGGCCGAGGACGGCUUCUUGGAAGCUUCCUCCUCAAAGGGUUUCAAGAUCACCGUAACCAACACCAACUCCAGUCUUCUCCUUGUGGGAAUCCGCGUCCUCGUUGGAAUCUCCCCCUCCUCGCACACCCCCUCCUCCCUCUCCCUCUUCCACCGCUCCCUCCCCCUCGACCGCUCCUCCCGCCGCUGGUACGAUCUCCCCUUCACUCCCGCCGAAUCCCUGCUGGCAGACCGCCACGUCAGCAUCCACGAGAGAGAGGAGCGAGUGGUUGGGGAUGCUUUGGCAGUGCUGACUGGGCUUUUGAGUGGUGGUGCUGGGGAGGGCUGGCAGCAGGGAGAGCAGCACGCAAUGCAGGAGUCAGAGCGACAGGCAGAACAGCAGACAGAAGAUGGACAGAAGGGAGAGAAGGAGGAGCAGGUGGAGGGGCAGGAAGGGAAGGUGGAUCUGGGGAAGGUGCAGCUGCUGGGGGAGGAUUUGCUGAAGGAGCUACUCCAGGAGGUGUUGAGAGGAGGCCCGGAGGAGGAGGAGAAGGAGGAGGAGGAAGAGAGGCUGGGCAGUCUCGUGAAAGGUGGUGGUGGUGAUUUAGGGUUCUCCCGUGGUGGUGGUGCUGGUGCUGUGGGAGAAGGGUCCAUGGCAGAGUUGCUGCUGGGCUUGUGCCGAUCGCUGCGUCCGUCCCAGGCUGAUUUCGUCCAGGCCUGCGACUCAACAGAGCUGUCUCUCGCCUCAAAGACACAGCCCAACCAGCAAGCCUAUGCUCUCCAGAGGCACAUGGACGCUAUGGCUCACAUCGCACUGCUGCGACCCUCCAGCGUGCGCCACUUCCUCUCCUCCACACCCACUACAGGCGCUCCAAGCGCUGCUCCCGUAGAAGACCUGCAUAACCGCCUUCUCUCGGUGCUUCAGGCUCCGGACGAGAGUGCUGCAGAUGGGACAGCAGAGAGGGGCGAUGACAAGGGUGCAGGCAGCAAGGGGAUGGGUGGCAAAGAUACAGGUGGCAAGGGGAUCAAGACCCACCCUGGACAUUCCGUGCUCACCACGCGUUGCGCUCCCCUCUCUGUCUUUGCGUCUCUCCCUGCGUCAACUUGUGUCAACCACAGGACGGCUCUCUGUGCUCUCUUCCUGCCGCCGCCUCCUCUCCCGUCGCCGCCGCCACUAGCCUCCCGCCAGCCGUCCAUGCAGCAUGGAACAGCAGCAACCAACGUGGUUGACACAAGCAGCAAGCAGGCAGCAGCAGCAGCAGCAGCAGCAGCAGCAGCAGCAGCAGCAGCAGCAGCAGCAGCAGGAGCAGCAGCAGGAGCAGCAGCAGGAGCAGCAGCAGGAGCAGCAGCAGGAGGAGAAGCACCCCAAAGCUUCACAUCAGACAGUGCCGAUGUUUCUGGUGUCGACACUGGGUUUGGCGCAGAAGGUGCUGCUCUUGGAGCUACGACUGGAACUGCUGGUUUUGGGUCGUAUGUGGAGAGUGGGGUGGUGGAGGGGGAGGGCUCAGCAGAAGACAUGGAUAUAGACCAAACAGACAUGACUCAACACAUCAAUCAACACUUUGGGCAUCAUGAGUUCGAUCAGAACAUAGACCCGCAGCUGUCGGUGGUGCAGUUCUGCUGUGAUUCCUGCGGCGUGUGCCCCAUUCAGGACGUGCGAUGGCACUGCCUCGUGUGUGACGACUUUGACCUCUGUAACGAGUGCCACCAGGCCGUUUCCGCUGCCGCUGCUUCUGGUGGCUCCUCUGCUGCUGGUGCUGCAGCUGCUGCUGCUGCUGCUGCUGCUGCUGGUUCUGCUGCGUCUCUCUUCCCCUUCAGCUCGCACAGCAUCUCACACCCCAUGGUCUCCAUUCCCAUAGAUCCUGCAGUGGAUGGCAUGGGGGAGGAAGGAGGAGUGGAGGGGCUUAUGGAUAGGCUUGGGUACGGGUUUGGUGGGGAGUCUGGUGAGGAUGGUAAUGCUGGUGAGGAUGGUACCGCUGGUGCUGAGUAUGGUACUGGGUUGGAUCCUGGUGGGUCAAUCGGUGGCUCAGGGAUUGGGGAACCAGGGGUAGAGGCACAUAGUGAGAUGGAACAGCAGGGGCAGGAGCAGGAGCAGCAGGGGGCCGAUGGGACUGAUGGGACGGACAAGAGGGAAAGCACAGGGAAUAUGGUGAAGGAUGGAGAGGAGGAGGAGGAGGAGAAAACGAAGCAGGAGAAGGCGAGGUGGGAGGAAGUGAGGAUGCGUAUGAACCACGUGGGACGGGAGGUGCUGCAGCAGCUGCUCUCCUCCUUCUCCCCUGGAUGGUCCCUCCCGCCCCAACCCACUCUCACCCCCCCCUCCUCUGAUACUUUCUGCCCUCGCUCCCCUCCCAUGCCACUGCUGCAGCUGCUCUUGCGCGUAACAGGAGCAGGGGCAGCAGGGGUGGGGCCUAUGGGGGUUGCUAUGCCAAGUGUAGGUUCUAUUGAGAAGAAGGAGAGGAAGGAGAAGAACGGAGGGGCAAGGAAGAGGAAGGAGAAGGAAACGGGUGACCUGGAAUCGCCUGGAGCCCAGCUGCUGACGUGGACGCUGACGUGGCUGGUUGAUGAGCUGGAGCACGGCUGGCGCCAGUUGUCCGGAGCGAGGGAAGGGCGUGUGGAUGCCGGUGCUGGUGGUGUUAGUGCUGACAUGGCAGCUUUGACCUGCCUCUUGGAUUCCACCGAGACUAACCCCUCUGGGGCUGGACGGAAGGGGAGAGAGGAGCUGCUGCAGUGGGCGCUGUGCCUUUCUGCUGAGGUGGCACCCGUAUGCCUCACAGAGAAAGGUGUACCGAGUGAGAAGGAAUUUGUGAGUGAGAAGGGAUUUGAGUCGGCAUGGCAGCCACUGCUGUGUGCGUACCUGCAGAGAGCUGCUUCAGAGGGAGUUCUGGCUCAGCCCAAAGAGCAGGAGCGGACCAAAGAGGGCGCGGUUAUUGCCCAGGUAGAUCUGGGACGGUUUGGAGCGGUUGAGAGUGGUGGGAGUGGUGGUGGAGGGGGUGGUGAUGGUGGGAAGGCGGGGGAGGAGGGAGGGGGUGGAGCGGGAGGGAUGGGAAGGAGAGAAGGGAAGUAUGUGCGGCAGCUGUUGCUGCUGACCUGUGGGGUCCAAUCCCUCCUGCUCCUCAACGCCACACUCCACGUGGCGCAAUCUCAGCCGUCCACGUGGCGCUGGUACUGCGCAGGCAAGGACACGUCAGCGCUACAGCUGCUGGCGGCCGUAGCAGCCGCUACAUCCUCUCCCCGCUGGGCGGCAGAGGAUGAACCCCUCGCUGUGUGCGCGCUACAGCUGGUGGCUCUUGCGUUUGACUGUGAUAGCAGCGGUAAAAGCAGCAGCAGCAGUAGCAAGAAAAGAAAGGGGUUUGGUGCGGUUGAUAUGGGUGCACAAGCAGUUGCUCUGUUUGGCGUCUCAUUGGAUUCCCAGCAGCAGACACAGGAGCAACAGGGGCAGCGGCAGCAAGAGCAGGGGAAGGCGCAGGGACAGCAGGCAGAGAGGGGCAGCAGCAGCAGGGAUGGCGCGGCCACUGGCAUUGUUCAGUUCAUCGCCUCCUUUGUGCUCUCUGCUGCCUCUGCCAGGCUGCGAUCCCAGGGCUGCAUGGUCAUGCAGGGAGUGUGGAAACACGCCUCUCCGUCUCUCCACAACUCCAUCCUCUCCUCCCUCCUCGCCAUCCUCCCCCAAACCCCUUGUCUCGGCUCCCACGCCCUCAGCUUCUCCCGCCUCCUCCUCUCGCUCCUCGCUGACCUGGCGUCCAGUCAGCAGCCAGCUGGCACCGCUGACGUGGCAGCACGAGCAGCAGCCGUGCUGCUGACGCAGCUGGCGCAGCAGAGUCAAGCGGUGGCCAACCAUCCGAGCUCAUCACUCAACUCUGCCUUGCAUAGACUCCUGGGCCCUGAGAGCGACGGAACAAUUGCUGCUGCUGCUGCUGCUGCUGCUGCUGGUACUGGUGGUGGGGGCAGUGGUGGGGGUAGUGGUGCUGGCAGUGGCGGUAGGGGAGGAGCAGCAGGAGCAGGAGGAGCAGGAGGAGCAGGAGCAGGAGGAGGGGGGAAAGGAGGAGGAGGAGGCAGGGGGUCGGUGUGGGGAAAGGCAGAUGGGGAGCCGUGUGCGGUGUGUGCGUAUCCCGAGGCGGUGUGGGGGAGUGUGAGGAUGGAGAGUGUGCGGCAGGAGGUGCGCUUCUCAGACUGCCGCAUCUUCCUGCGCCUCACAGAGCCGCACCUCAUCAAGGGGUUCACCAUGACGGUGCACGAUUCAAGGAGGGGUCGCUCCGUGAAGGAUCUUCGCCUGCUGGGGAGCAACAGUGCCGCCUGCGACUUGCAGCAGAUCAAGACCGCUACAGACGAGCUCUGCCGCCCGCUCGCUCGCUGCCAGCUGGCGGCCGACCAGCCGGAGAUCCGCGUGGAGCUGCCUCUGCCCGUGGCACUGCGCUUCAUCGUCGUGGAAUUUGCUUCCUUUCAUGAGAAUCACUCAUCGUCCUCGUCGCCGUCUCGCGAGUCGCUGCAGUGUCCGCGGUGUAACCGCGUGGUAACGAGCCGGCACGGCAUGUGCACGGUGUGCCAUGAGAACGCCUUCCAGUGCCGCCAGUGCCGCUCCAUCAACUACGACAACCUCCACGCCUUCCUCUGCCCGCAAUGCGGCCACUGCAGGUACGGUCGGUUCGAUUUCGCGCUGCAAGCACACCCCUGCCCCUCCUCCAUAGACCCGAUCCUCUCCGAGGAAGCUUCCAAGAAGGUCGCUGCAGCAUUGGAGGCUGAGGCUGAGUCAGCAACUCGGCUCCGUCAGCAGCUGCAGGCGCUGCGCCGGCCAAUCGUGCGCCUCGUUUCCACUGGUACUGCUGGCGGUGGUGGUAGCAAUGCUGCUGGUGACUCUUCCCUGUUUUCUACCACUGGUGGUCUCCCUCUCUCCUCCGCAUCUAUCGUAGCAGCCACGGCAGCAGCCGCUCAGGCGCACGUGAGCCGUCGGAUCGCGAUCCUGGGCGCGCUGUACGCUGACAAGUGUCGCACCGUGCACCGCGGGCUGGCCACGUCAGCAGAGAGGAUGGGCGCGCUACAGAUGGCCCUCGCUGAAUACCACCUGCUCGUGGGGCAGCAGAGGAGGAGCCGCCGCAAGCAGCAGCACCUGCAGCUCCAGCUGCAAUCAUAUCAUGAUCAGCAGCAGCAGCAGGAGGAGAAGCAGUGGCGGCGGCAGCAGCAAGGCUUUGGUUAUGAGGAGGCGAGCAGGGGGUUGGGUAGCAGCGGCAGUGGUGCCGGGGUGUGUUUGGAUUGUAGCAGCACUUUUGUCGGGUUCUGCCUUCAGUGGUUGGAGGCCCUCCUUCCCAUCCCAGCAGCCCCCUCCGCCCUCCUCUCUCUCUCCGCCAUCCCCACCAUCUUCUCCUCCUCUCUCCUCUCCGGCCCCUCCUCCUCCCGCUCUCGUGCACGCCACCUCUUGACCCGCCUCGCACUCACAUCCCCUGUCGCCUUGCACAAUCUACUGGAUCUAAUCGAAUCUAAGGUCUCUGCUGCAGUGGGCGGCUAUCUGCUUGCUGACGUGGCGCCAGCUGUCAAGGACCCGCUGCUGCUCCUUGCUGACCUGUCUUCGUCUCCAUCUGAGUCAGACUCGAGCUCGUCGGAAUCUGCCAUUUCAUCUCCUUCCAGGAAGCUUCUAUGUUUGCAACUGGCUACUCGUCUGUUCUUCCAGGCCUUCGCCACCACCCAUCUGCACCCCUCUGUAUCGGACCAUGUGCUGCUGCCCACCCUCCGUAUAGUCACCUCCUCUUGCAAGCACGCUGCUGUAGAGGGGUCAGAGAGGCAGACUGAGGCGACUUCUCAGAUUGAAGGAGAUUCGUUACAGAGUGGGGACGGAAUAUCAGGGAGUGCAAAUAGCAGUAGCAGUGGUACCAGUGGUACUGCUUCAGAGGUUGACCCUUUGCCGCCCGCAAUCUGCAAGUUUGCCGCCCGCUGGCGUGAUCGCACGCGGGAGCGCAGCGCUCUGGAUGGCAGGCUUCGGCUGCUAGUGCGCUCUUUCGGGAGCUGGUGUUUCGGCAGCAAGCAUCUCUUCGCCCAGCCUGGAAAAGACCACCUCCAAGGAAAUCAAAUAUUUCUCACUGCAGAUUUGAUCGCCAGCUGUCGCUCGCCGCCCGGUCUCCGAUCAGAGAUCUGCGAUCUGCUCGAGCUGCUGGCAGGGGUGGCCCCUCGAUACAAUCACGCCGUGCUAGAGUCGCUGCUGUCCCUCCUCCCCGCAACUACACACGCAGGGGAAGCCUCAGCAGAAUACUUCUCGCUCCUCUCCCGCCUCCUCUCCUCUCCUCACGCUCCUACCUCCAGCAGACCCUCGCAAAGCAGAACCGCAUCCUCUUCCAAUACAUCCCUCCUUUCCACUCAGUUCCGUCCCUAUUCAUACUCAUCAGCAGCCCAGGGAAGCCUCUCCCCCCUUCGACCCCCCCCCGGCACGGCUGCUCGUGCUCUCUGUUCCUCCUCUUCCUCUCGUCCUGCUUCCACCCGUUCCUCCUCUCACCAACCCUCGGUAGACCAGCCGAGCGUACAGCAUUCGUCUCUGCUCUUCCUAGCAUCUCGAGGCCUCCUACCUACACUCACCUCCUUCAUCUCUCACUCCGUUUUCCAGCUGCAAGCACAAGAAUUCCGAGCCAUGGCCCCGCUCCUUGCUCCCUCCUCCUUCUCCUUCUCACUCUCGCCUUUUGCUGCCUCAUCGGCUGCCGCUGCCUCAUCGGCUGCCCCUGCUGCCCCUGCUGCCUCUGCCUCGGCGGCGUAUCCCAUCCUGCAAGCCAUUCGGCUGCUGCAGCAGGCCCUGCAGCAUCCCAAGCUGCUGAGACUCUUCUUUCACCCGGCUUGGAGGGGCGGUAGCAGGGGUGCUAACGCCAAUACCAGCCGAAGCAGUAGCAGCACCAGCAGGUGUUUGGUGCUGGCAGUGCGAGCGCUAGUGGGUCUGCAAGGGCUGGUGGUGACACGGACUCAACUGGUGGUGGAGUGUCAGCAGCAGCUCUCUCUGCUGCUGCAGGGACUCGUGACGAAAGCCGAAGGGGAGAGAGCGGAAGGGAUGGGGCGUGAGGAGGGGUGUGAGACGAGCGAUGGGAGGAGGAGAGCGUUUGUGGCGGCGUGUGUGGAGGUGCUGGGGGAAUUGGUGGUGGCGGAGGAAGGGGCGGUGCAAGAUGCUGCUCUGUGUGACUCUUGGAGGGCGAUAACUUUCCUUCUCCGGCAUCUCUGCAACACCAUCUGCCCCACACGCCCCGAGCCCGAAUACGAGAUGCUACUCAUCAAGGCAGCGACACAGGAGGAGUUUCUGCCAGGGCGCCUGCAGCACAACCCCUACUCCUCCAAGCAGGUCGGCCCUCUCAUGCGCGAUGUCAAGAAUCUGAUAUGCAAGGAGCUGGAGCUGCACGGGCUCAUGGAUGAUGACUAUGGCAUGGAGCUGCUGGUUGAAGGGCAGAUCUGCUCCCUGGGGCUGUCCGUCAGAGCAGUGUACGAGCAAGUGUGGAAGCAGAGGGGGGCCAUGAGCGUGACCUUCAGACUGCAGGGCUUGGACGGCGAGGCAACAGAGCCGAUAGUGAAGGAGCUGGAGGAAGGAGGGGAGGAAACCACUGAUCCGGAGAAGGAGUUUGCUGCUGCUGCCGCUCUGGUGCCUGUCAGCCCUGAUGGCGAGAGACAGAUGCAUCUGAGGAGUCAUAAGGACGAGAGGGCUGGAGCCAAUGAAGCAGACAGAAGGGAGGAAGGGGGUGAGGAGAGGGUUGGAAAAGGGGUCGAGGUAGGGGGUGGAGUGGGGGGUGCGGAGGGGGGUGAAGUGGGGAGUAGAUUGGGCAUCCCAGACGGUUUGCUGCUGCUGCUUAGGCUGUUAGAGGAGGUGGCAGAUGAGGAGUUAGCGAGUGGGGAGGAUGACGUGGCAGACCUCCUGAAGCUGCUGCACACCGCGUGCCUACUGCGGACCAAUCGCGUGCAUCUGCUGCGCUCCCACGCGCUGCCACGUCUGCUCGACCGCGCUACGCGUGCAGCGCUGUAUGCGCACGGUGUUGCCACGUCAGCACCUGGGGGAGGGGCGGCUGGGGUGGCUGCUGCUGCUGUUGCUGCUUCCCAGGCCUCGCUGGCAGGUUCGGCGGAGGUUGCAGCUGACACAUUGCUUCGGAUUGUGGAUCUGCUGAUGGUGGAAGGUGGUGAGGGUAGCAGCAUGGGGGGCGAAAGCGGUGUGGGCACUGCAACAGCAGAGAAGGAAGAAUAUAGCCAAGAUGAGAAGGAUGAGAAGUAUGAAGGAUCGGGGCGGGGAGAAGAAGCAGUGAGAGUGUUUCUUGAGAAGCUUACUGCUGCAUCGCUCUCCCAGGCUGCUUCUGGGGUAGGCUUAUCUGGCCUAGGCGCGUUUACAGCAGGAGGAGCAGGGGGAGGUGGAGGAGGUGGAGGAGCAGGAGGAGGAGCGGGUGGAGGGAAGAAGAAGAAGAGGGAUUUUUCGGAGAGUGUGGCUCGGAUUUUGCCGUAUAUGACGUAUGGGGAGGGCAGGGCUAUGGGGGUUCUGGUGGAUCAUUUUUGGCCCCUGCUGCUGGAUUGGGCUGGGUUUGAUCGGUUGGUGGGGGAGUUGAGAGGGGUGGAGAAGGAUGGGGAUGGGUUGGAGGGUGUGACAGAAAGUGGGAGGGAGGAGAGUGAGGGGGGAGAGGAGAAAGAGGGGGGAAGCCGGGAGGAGGAGGGGAAGGACGGGGAGGGUAGUGGCGGUGGGGAGGCAGGGAGUGGGGAAGAGGAGAGUGAGGAGAGUGAGGAGGAGAGGAGGAGGAAGGCGGUGCACUGGUGGCAGAUGGCGGGGCAUUUCGAGCGGCUGGUGGGAGCAAUCAGGCUGGAUGGCAGUGGGCUGAGGCUGCGCACUCUCAUCCUGGAGAGGGGGAUUCCGCAAGCUGCUGUGCGCCAUCUGCUCGCGUCCUUCCCCCCCACCGCCCUCUGCCCCACCUCCGACCUCUCUGAUCUCCGCCCCCUCCCCGCCUGGCAACACGCGCUCGCCCUGCCCUCCCUGCCCCUGCUCUUGGGUCUGCUGCUCGGCCUGUGCCGCGGCCAUCCCCCCACACAACGAGUCCUUCUGGGCACCGGUGGGGGGAAGGGAGUGGCGGACGCUGGUGGUGGAGAGGAGGUGGAAACGGGUGGGGAGGAGGGGAGGGUGGGCGGGGAGAAGGUGGAGCAGGGUGCGGAAAACGGGGUGGUGGGGGCAGAGAAGGGGGUGUUACCACUGCUGCUGCUGCUGGAGGGGGUGGUGGGGUAUGAUGGGCUGGGAGCGAGGGCUGAAGCGCUGCUAGAGGUGCUGAGCGGUGGAGAGGAGUCGGGAGAGGUUGGCGAGCAAGGGGAGGGAGGGAAGGAGGAGGGGAGAGGAGAUGGGGUGGAUGAGGAGGUUCGGUUGGCAGUGGCGGCUCUAAGGGCAGCAGCAAAGGAGAGGAGGAGAGAGAAGGCAAUGCGACGACGCAUGGAGCUGAUGAAGGUGAGUGAGUGA